AUGACCGAUUAUUCUAUCUCAAAUUCUAGCAGUUCAGGCUUUGUUCUCACAGGUUUUCCGGGCCUAGAAGUUUACUACCCCUGGAUCUCCAUCCCUUUUUCUUUGAUCUAUGCCCUGGUGUUCCUGGGAAACUGCAUGGUGCUGCACGUGAUCCGCACUGAGCCAAGCCUGCACCAGCCCAUGUUCUACUUCCUGGCCAUGCUGGCCGUCACCGAUCUGUGCAUGGGCCUGUCCACCGUGCCCACCGUGCUGGGAGUGCUCUGGGGCUUUGUGAAAGAGACCAGCCUGGAUUCCUGCAUUGCCCAGUCCUACUUCAUUCACGGUCUGUCCUUCAUGGAGUCGUCUGUCCUCCUGUCCAUGGCCUUUGACCGCUAUGUUGCCAUCUGCAACCCUCUGCGCUAUUCCUCCAUCCUAACGCAUGACAGAAUCCUGAGAAUUGGGGUGGCCAUUUUAUGCAGGAGUUCUUUGCUCAUUCCCCCAGUCAUCAUCAGGCUGAAGUUCUUAAAUUAUUGCCGGCCCCAUUUCCUCUCUCACUCCUUCUGCCUGCACCAGGACUUGAUUCGCAUGGCCUGCUCAGACAUUCGCUUCAACAGCAUCUACGGGCUGGCCCUGGUGAUCAGCAACCUGCUGCUGGACGCCGUGCUCAUCCUUCUGUCCUACCUGAUGAUCUUGCACACUGUGUUGGCCAUUGCCUCUGGGGAGGAGAGGAUCAAGUCCUUGCAGACGUGUGUGUCUCACAUCAGCGCUGUGUCGGUUUUCUACAUCCCCAUUAUUGGUCUGACGAUGGUGCAUCGCUUUGGGAAGCACCUCUCGCCAAUGGUGCAUGUCCUCAUGGGCAAUGUCUAUAUCCUGUUCCCACCCCUGAUGAACCCCAUCAUUUACAGCAUCAAGACCCAGCAGAUACGCGUGAGAAUCCAGAGGUUUUUCUAUGUGAAAGGAGUCUGA